GUAGCGUCGUGACCUGCUUCUCGUAGCGGGGCUCGUCCACACGGAGUCUGGAGGAAACUGGUUCGUCUCCCCAACCACGGAACAUGUGAGGAAGGGCCGACACCUCCAGAAACCACCGGGAAUCGAACCGUGUACAGGCAGGCUGUUCCGACGGGGGUCCCACCCGGACAGGAAGGAGGGAUGCCGGUGGAGAGUGGGACCAGCGCCGCCGCCCGCCAGGCCAAGCAGAAGAGGAAGUCCCACAGUCUGUCCAUCCGCAGGACCAACAGCACGGAGCAGGAGAGGUCCGGCCUGCAGAGAGACAUGCUGGAGGGACAGUCCCCUGAUAAUCUGGAGUCUUUCAUGAGAAUGGAGGACUCCAAACUGCCCCUGUCUCUGAGGAGCAAUCUGCUGGACCUGUUCAGCCAGAUCGAGAGAGAGUUUGAAAACCUCUACAUAGAAAACCUGGAGUUACGCAGAGAAAUCGAGACGCUGAACGACCGACUGGCUCCGGACGGACAGACCUUCGAGGGGGCGGAUUUAGCCAAAGGAGCACUGAAAACAAAAACGAGUCACAGCACGAGUCAGCUGUCUCAGAAACUGAAGACCACCUACAAGGCUUCCACCAGCAAACCGCGUUCAAACUCUUGCCACGCCAGAGUAGGCGGAACCCGCAGCUUCAGCGUAACCGGCUGGGAGUUGUGGGGUGGAGACUCAUGGAUUGUGUCCAGUUUCAAAGCGACCACGUCCCGAGCCGUGUGCCAGCUGGUCCGGGAGUACGUGGGCCACAGAGAUGGCAUCUGGGACCUCAGCGUCACCAGGACACAGCCGGUGGUGCUGGGAACAGCCUCUGCAGACCACACUGCUAUGCUGUGGAGCAUUGAGACUGGGAAGUGCCUCCUCAAGUAUUUGGGCCAUCAAGGAUCAGUCAACUCCAUCAAGUUCCACCCCACUGAGCAGAUGGCUCUAACUGCCUCCGGAGACCAGACCGCUCACAUCUGGAGGUACAUGGUCCAGCUUCCGACUCCACAGCCUGUUGCUGAUAUGAGCCAGACGCCCUGUGAGGACGACGUGGACUUUUCAGAUAAAGACGAGGCCGACGGGGAAGUCGAGGGUCCAAACGAUUGUCCCUCUGUCCGCGUGGCGACCACGACCCUGCGGAGCCACCAGGGCGUGGUGAUCGCUGCUGAUUGGCUGGUGGGGGGCAAACAGGUGGUGACGGCGUCCUGGGAUCGAGCCGCCAACCUGUACGACGUGGAGACGUCGGAGCUGGUUCACUCACUCACUGGCCAUGACCAGGAGCUGACCCACUGCUGCACACACCCCACCCAACGUCUGGUGGUCACCUCGUCCAGAGACACCACCUUCAGGCUGUGGGACUUCAGAGAUCCAUCCAUCCACUCUGUCAACGUGUUCCAGGGACACACCGACACGGUGACCUCGGCUGUCUUCACGGUGGGAGACAACGUUGUGUCCGGCAGCGACGACCGAACCAUCAAAGUGUGGGACCUGAGGAACAUGAGGUCGCCCAUCGCCACCAUCCGCACCGACUCGGCUGUCAACAGGAUCAGCGUGUCGGUGAACCAGAGGAUCAUCGCUCUGCCUCACGACAAUCGGCAGGUCCGACUGUUCGACAUGUCGGGGGUGCGACUGGCUCGCCUCCCGCGGACCAACAGACAGGGUCACCGGCGCAUGGUGUGCUGCUCGGCCUGGUGUGAGGACAACGCCUCCUGCAACUUGUUCAGCUGUGGCUUCGACCGGCAGGCCAUCGGCUGGAACAUCAACAUCCCCGCCCUGCUGCAGGAGAAGUGACCUCCUCCUGUGAGCUGCCAGUGACACUCCACCCGGAGCUGGUGGGUUCGGAGUCAACGACCUGUCGGCUGAGGAGGCGGCUGUCAAAGGUGUCCCCCUGCUUCUGUCUGUGAGAUCUGAAUGUAAUUUGAGCAACGACUCAAUGAGACUGACUCUUCACAGCCGUCUUCUCGAGCCGACAGCUGCUCCAUGCUGCCUGGGAGGGAACCAAGGACUUCAGUAGCUGCCUCCUGCCUCUGUCUCAGUCUGGAAAUCACCACCACUGAAAUAACCCCAACACAACUGUGUGUCUUCUGUGUGGAGACGAUUCCUCGACGCAAGAAAACACAAAAAACAAAACCAAACUGAUGAAAAAAGCACAAAGUUCUAACAGGAGAGGUAAAAACCUGUGAGACAACAAAUCUUCAAGGUUGGCAGAAAUAAUUCACUAGUUUAAUUUAGUUAUGGCGUCGUUUAUUUCUGCCGUUAAUAUUCUAUUAACUUGUUGAUUUGAACUUUUGAUUCCAAAAAGUUCUGUGUGGCUCCUGAGAUCCCCAGCGUCUCAUCUAUAAUCCACAUUAUACUAAGAAAAGCUUUUCAACGUGUUGUUGUGUUUUGUCGGGUGACAGUUUGUUGUGGGUCGGUCCUGCUCAUUGUGUAGAAGUCUCUGUCUGAGCGAGUAAUGCACCUUUAAAGAUAAUAUACCAGUUGCUGUUUUAGAAAAGAUAACUGCAGCGUUUGAACACAGGACGACGGGAGAGUUAAACUUUUCUCCUUUUCCCAGCUCGACAAGUAACCAGUUGAAACCAAACUGUGAUAAGAUAAACUCCUGGAAGAGUUUCCUCCAUCUGUUCUUUUCACAGUUGAAGACUCGUUAGUCCACAGAGGGAACUCGUGGUGAAAAGUGAUCCUCGGUCCAAACUCCUGUUGAAGCAGGAGAAUGUACCAGUGACUCUGUUUAAUGAGGAGGAAGGUCGAGUUGCUUUGGACACGUUGCACAGAAAAAAUAACACAUUUUAUGAUUUUAUCAAAACUAAUUUUUAUAUUAACUUUAAAGGCUUGAUUCUAAAUAUGUCAUAUUUGGUGUCCAGUGUAAAAUGGGACGAUGAAACCCUCUGAUGCCCGGCCUGGCUGUUCUAUCAGCACUGAACACGAUUGUUAAAAAGAUAACAGCAAGGUUUUUAUUUGUAAUUCAUGGCAAAGCCCUUUAGUCCUUAGUGCUGAAUCACUGUCGUGGGGAUUCUGUCGGUGUCAUGUUUGUCGUGGUACUUUUAAAAACAAGUGAAAUCUCUGGAGGAGUGUCGUGAUGCUUCCUCACUGCCAGAAAAACACUGAACACGUGUUCAAGUGAAUGGGAGAGGCUGAGAUGAUGUGUGUCUGUGUGUGUGUGUCUGUGUCUGGUGUUCCAAGUGGUGUUUAAAAACGUGUUUGAAUUCAGUAUUCAUCAUUAGGAAAAUGAAACAAGAUUGUGGUGCAGCUGUAGUUCUCACGUGUGUGUGGUUCAGCUCGUUCGUUGCCGCACAAAGUAACACAAACAAGCACAGUUCACGUCACAGUGAUCACGACUUUCUCAUUUUAGACUCCUGGAGCUCGUCUUGUUGGUUUGUAACGAAGCUGCGAGUUCCAACGUGACAGGAAGGAGCCCGACAGAUUCAGGUUUUGGGCUGAUUAAGAUAUUGGGAAGUAAAAACUUCUUUCGAUAUAUAUUAGCCGAAACAAUAACACAAAAUAUAAACAUGAGUGAAGAUCUUUUAGGCUUUAUUUGGUCUGUUAUCUGCAAACGUAAACACAGAUGCUGAUUUGAUAUAGAUCUCAUUUCAGACAACUACAUCAUCUCGUCGACUGAAUAACUAAAAACAGUCUCUGCUGUAAUUAGAGGUAAUACUUAGAAAUGAAUAUAUACGUGAUAUGACUCUAAUAUCUGCAAACCGAUGAAUCAGUCGGGCUCUGGAUGUGUCAGACGUUUCUCUCCUCCGAGGGUAAAAACCACCUUUUACUUCCAGUGUUCAUAUGAAAACAAUUAACGAGCCCAUUGGAAUCUAUUUCAAGCAAUAGAGAAGUGUACGUAAAGAUUUCAGUGUAAUAACACAGCGCUUGUCAAAAAGUGUUAUUCUCGCUUACUAAGCUCUAACCAUGUGUUAGUGGCUGUGUGUUACAGCUGCAGCUCUUUAGUCAGCUUUUAUAUGACAUGAUGCCUCAUUUCAUAUUUCUGGUUUUUGCAACGUUCAGUUUGUGUGAAGAACAUUAAAAUCUGUGUGAGUGUGUGUUUGUGUUCGAUCUUUACUUUUUUUACCAACACUGAGCCACUUUCAUAAUUCACCAGUUCCACGUGAAUGUUCAGUCCCGGUGAAAACACACGAGCUUCAGCCAUCGCUCAUCCGCCGGCGUGUUGAGUUCUGUGUGAUGAUAGGUUGGUGUCGAGCCGACGCCCACACAUCAGCUCUCAGAAGAAAAUAAAAGAUGAAACUGGAUUGUAACUGGAACAUGCGUCUGCUUGUGAAAUCAAAUAAACCAUUGGUGGUGUUGGGAUGUUUCCUCAU